AUGCCGCGCUCAACUACAGUAUGGGCGGCCGCCUUCCUCCUGGUCAGUUUGUCUGGCUCCGGCCCACUGCUCACAACAGCAGAGGCCAUGCCAGCACCCGGUCCCAGGGAAACAGGAAAUCGCCCUCGCUACUACUUCCCGCGACAUGUCAAGCGACAAGUCGUCCGUGCCAACGAGACGACGACAGCGGCAACCAUUCAGUCGUCGACGUCGCCUUCCCCGUCGUCCCUUCCCACAACAAGCGGCUCCUCUGAGCGCCUUGAACUACGCUCAUCCGACUCGGAGUCGAAUGGCUUCUCAUCCUUUCACCAAUGA